GAAAACUUGAAUUUCAUGUGGAAAAAAAAAUCUCAACCUUUGAUAAAUAACCCCCUAAGUGUCCUUUUGUCAUACAACUCAUAGGGCAAAUGGAGAUUAUACUUUUUUUGAAUAAAACACUAUACUUUUAUUUUUAUUUUUUGUGACUCCUUGUGGAAUCCUUUGGAGUGCCCAGUUGCCCAUUCUACUAUUGGCUUUGCACUGUGCAUUUUAUUGUAAAUAAGCCCUUAUUUCUCUAAAGGAUCUUUGCAUGGAAAUAAAAAUGGAUUUGUUGUGAACAAACUACUGCUUACUUUCAGCUUUCCCAAAAAUGUUUUAAGUAAUAUAUUACAGGUAGAUAUACAGUAGAUGUGUGUCCAGGCUGUGAAUGAGUCAUUUCAUGUGGCCUUAUAAAUACAAGCUGGCAGAUUGAUUUUACAGUUUCUUAGAAAUUACAUGCUUUUUCUUUCAGAACAACAAGGAACAUUUCAGUACUAAUGGAAGAGCAUUAAUAGUUCUAUUAUAUCAAUUCUAAUUACAGAUCAUACUAUUGAGCAGGAAACAGUAGACGGCUUACACUAGUGCCAUAGAUAAAUAAUACAUCAAAGACUGCCUUAAAUAUUAUUAUUAUACUUAUUUAUGUGAGGAUGACAUGGGACACCUAUUCUAUUGUAGAGAACAAUGGGACGUUUGUGCUACAUCUACUACUUAAUGCAGCACAGCCCAUUGUGUGUUUCCAGAAAGAAGAUACUAAAGUUGGACGCCUGUUCUACUAUCAUAUUUAAGGUAAAUCAUAUAUUGCAUUUUAAAAGCCUUAUAGCACUUUUCCAAACUUCAUAUUCACCAUUUCCACCCUUUUCUCUAGUUUUUUUUUUUUUAUCAGAAAAUGCAUUAAUGGACAUUCAAGAACCAGUCUAUCUAUGUUUUAACUGCCUAAAUGUUCUCUUCUAGCAAAUAGUUCAAAAGAAAUAUUCUUGUUCUUAAAAGGGCUGAGUGUAUGAAUAUUUUUUGCCUUCAAUGGCUUAUUUUUGUGUGUGUUUCAUGUGCAUUAAAUACUAGAUAAUUUUGUCUUUUAAAUUUAUGGAUACUAUUUACAUUUUUUUGCCAAUCUAUUUUUGUAUUGUCUCAUUUGAUAAUGAACAUUCCCUCCUGUUAUAUUUUAGAUCCUGUGCAUAUUACGGAUACGAAUUUUAAAUCUUUACCUAAUUCUAUUUUAAUGGUAAAAGGUUUUUCUAGAUACAGUCAUAUAUAUAUAUAUUGAAGAUAUUUGCAUUUACUUUCUUUCAUAUGAAUUGUCAGAUUUGUUACAUCCCAGUUUUGUUACUACAGAGAAAAUGGAUGUUUAAAACAUGUUUUGAAUUAUUUGCUUAUAAUGGAGUCUAUGGGAGAUGGCCUUCCUGUAAUUCCGAGCUGUCUGGAUAACGGGUUUCCGAAUAAUGGAUUCCAUAACUGUACGAUGUUUGCAGUAUAAAAUUGUUGUGGGUUAAACUGAUCUAUAAGCAUAAAUCAGGAGCAACUGUAUUAUUGUCGUAGCAGUAUAGGCUGUGCCUUUUCUAAUGUUAUUCACACCUUUGUGACAGAAUGGUGUUCUUUGUUCUUCACAGGCAUGUUAUAUAUUCUUCUAAUACUACUGUCUGGUCCAUGGGGUCCACUGAGAAGUUCAGCAAUUGUCAGCCUUACAACUAGACCGCUGUUUACAAUGGAUGCACUCAGUGGUGCUGAAACACAGGAACCUGAACAAGCUUUUACUGUUCUCCUCAAUGAAAGCCAUGGGACAGCUGAAAGUGAUACAGUCACAGAUGGCGGGGCUCAAGAAAGUCACCAGGUUGCUGCAACAUCUACACUAACCCCUAUUUCACACAAGGUAGCAGAUGGAGUGGAAAAUAAUAUUGAAGUACAGGAGCUAAUUACAACAAAUACUGAUCCCAAACAGCUAAUUAGUUUUGAUGUAUUCAACGGUACUAACAAUGAGAAUGUUCUUUCGACGCAAGAUAGUGCUUCCAAAGAGAUAGGCAACAAUGCCACAGUAGUCCCAUUAUUAGUGACUAACGAAGCCCCUCCAUACAAUGACCAGUUAGAUUCUUUCUUGGAAAUACCAGCGGAAAACAAUACAACAGGGAAACAGUGCUUCUGUAAUAUUCCAGGACCUGAAGGAGAAAAAGGAGACAAAGGUAAAAGAGGGGAUCCAGGUGAACCUGGAAUAGUUGGUGAAAAAGGACAUCAAGGCUUUGAAGGACCAAAGGGGGAUAACGGGCAGGAGGGUUCCAAAGGAAAUAAAGGUCACAUGGGAUACAAAGGUGACACAGGAGACAUAGGUCCUGUUGGUCCUAAAGGUGAACCGGGGGACAUUUGUCCAUUUUGUGGAAAGGGGGAAAAGGGAAACAAAGGUUUGGAUGGUGUAGGAGGAUUAAAAGGAAAUAAGGGUGAACCUGGAGAAAGGGGUAUAAAGGGUGACGUGGGACACAAUAGUAACAAAGGAGAAAAGGGAACCAAGGGUGAAGAAGGCUUAAAGGGGGAGGCUGGAGAAGUUGGGCAGAAAGGAUCAAUGGGUCAACAAGGUCCUAUUGGACCCAAAGGUGACCGUGGAGGUCCUGGAUCUUUGGGGCCCCAAGGCUUUCAAGGACAGCCAGGAAUGCCAGGAAUUAAGGGUGAAAAGGGACAAAAAGGAGUUUGCACUGGACAUGAAAACAUAGCAUUUUCUGUGGGCCUUGGACAGCAAAGGAAUGCUCUAUUACCUGGAUACUCAAUAAAGUUUGAGAAGGUUUUUGUCAAUGAAAAUAAACCGUACAAUAUAAAUUCAGGUACAUUCAUUGCCAGCAUUGAUGGUGUCUAUUUUUUUACAUACCACUUAAGUUUAAGACAUAAAUUUUUUAGCGUUGGCCUGUUUCACAAUGGCAAAAUAGUUCAACAGAUACAAGCAAGACGUUAUGAACCUAACAUUGGUCAAGUGUCAGGAUCUAUACUAAUUCAUCUUAAUGAAGAUGAUGAAAUUUGGCUUCAGGUUUUAAAUAGCAUACAAAAUGGCUUGUUUCCUGAUGACACAACUGACUCAAUAUUUUUGGGGUUCCUAUUAUUUCACUUUGAAGACUAG